GGGUCUGAGCAUGCACAGGACCCCUUUGUUGCAUAUUAACUCCGGACAAUGCAUGCUGAGGAGGAAAGCUGCCUGCUGAGCACAUUGGGGUCUGUCUGCUAAAACCCGGGUAACGUUCUCAGGGAUUGCGAGGACCCCCCCCUCAGCGAGGGAUCAGCAGAGGACCCCCCCCCUCAGCGAGAGAUCAGCAGAGGACCCCCCCCUCAGCGAGAGAUCGGCAGAGGAUCCCCCAGGGAGACCCUGUAAAGAGGGUAGAUCCACACGUUUGCUUGCUCUGCACAGACACCCCGCAGGAGUGGGAGAUCCAUCCACAUUGUCCACAGGAAGGGAAAAAAACACUCGUGGAGGGAAGUGAGAUGGACUAUCCUACAGAAUAAAUGGAAACAAAACAGCUGCUUCUGCUCUGAUUCCAUGCCUGGAGUGUGAUCUGACUCCCAGCAGAGGUGGUCCUGCGUAUUUCUCUUUUCUCUCUUCUUCUAGCUCCUUGCUCUUGGACUGCCAGGCAUGGAGGAGUGGAGGCAGUGCGGAAGGUGGCUGAUUGACUGCAGAGUUCUGCCACCAGACCACAGGGUGGUGUGGCCCUCAGCGGUGGUUUUUGACCUGGCGCAGGCUCUGAGAGAUGGGGUGUUACUGUGCCAGCUCCUGCAUAACCUGUCCCCUGGAUCUAUCGACCUCAAGGACAUCAAUUUCAGGCCACAGAUGUCACAGUUUUUAUGCCUGAAGAACAUCAGAACGUUCUUAAAGGUUUGCCACGAUAAGUUCGCGCUGAGGAACUGUGACCUCUUCGACCCCUUCGACCUGUUCGAUGUCCGAGAUUUUGGGAAGGUGAUAUCGGCACUUUCCAAGGUUUCCUACCACGUCAUAGCACAAGCCAAAGGAAUAAGACCCUUCCCAUCGGAGGACACCGGGGAAAAUGACGACGACAUAUACCGCAGCCUGGAAGAGCUCGCAGACGAGCAUGACUUGGGAGAGAACGAUACCUACGACGUCCCUUGUGAAGAAGAUGACAUUUACGAAGACAUCAUCAAAGUGGAAAAUCAACAGCCGAUGAUAAGGUACAUGCAGAAAAUGGGCAUGACUGAACACGACAAAAGGAAUUGCUGCCUGCUGGAAAUCUACGAGACGGAGGAACGUUACUACAGGACUCUAGAAGACAUCAAGACGAACUACGUGAUCCCUUUAAAGCCUUUGCUGAGUCCUCAGGAAAUGGCCGUCGUCUUCAUUAAUUUGGAGGAACUCAUUAAAGUCCAUUUCAAUUUCUUGAGGACCAUUGAGCUCUCAAUCAAGACUGGUGGCAGCACCAUCGGGCAGGUCUUCCUGGAUUACAAGGAAAGGCUGCUUAUUUACGGCGAGUAUUGCAGUCAUAUUGAAUAUUCGCAGAAGACGCUGGAUCACCUCAUGGCCACCCGCGAGGACUUGAGGCUGAAGGUGGAGGAAUGCUCGUUGAAGGUUCAAGAUGGAAAAUUCAAAUUGCAGGAUUUGAUGGUGAUUCCGAUGCAGAGGGUCCUGAAGUAUCACCUGCUCCUUAAAGAACUCCUGAGCCAUUCGGCGGACUGCCCCGAGAGACACACGCUGAAGGAAGCCCUGGAAGCCAUGCAGGACUUGGCUCUCUACAUAAAUGAAGUCAAAAGGGACAAGGAAACGUUGAAGAAAAUCAGCGAGUUCCAGAACUCUAUAGACAAUUUGCAAGUAAAACUGGAAGAAUUCGGACGGCCGAAGAUAGACGGGGAACUGAAGGUCCGUUCUGCGGUUAAUCAGGCCAAGCAGGACAGGUAUCUGUUUCUUUUCGACAAAGUCGUGAUUGUCUGUAAAAGAAAGGGCUACAGUUAUGAGCUGAAGGAAAUUAUCGAGCUGCUUUACCAUAAAGUGAGCAACGACCCCAUGAACAACAAAGAUAUCAAGAAGUGGUCGUACGGAUUCUUUUUGGUUCAUUUACAAGGGAAGCAGGGGUUCCAGUUCUUCUGCAAGACGGACGACAUGAAGCGGAAGUGGAUGGAGCAGUUUGAAAUGGCAAUGUCAAACAUUAAACCCGACAAAGCCAACGCAAAUCACCACACCUUCCAGAUGUACACGUUUGACAAAGCCACGAGCUGCAGAGCAUGCAAGAUGUUCCUCAGGGGGACAUUUUAUCAGGGAUACUGCUGUACAAAGUGCGGAGUCGGCGUUCACAAGGAGUGCCUUGAGACCAUUCAUCCAUGCAAAAUCGGGGCAGCAGAAGAUCCGGAUCCACUCAUCACAAUAUCAGGGCCCAAAAUGGUGGCAGUACAGAAUUACCUCGGAAACCCAGCCCCUCCGGGGAAACCCGUAUUGACUUUCCAAACCGGAGAAGAGAUCGAGCUACUCCGAGGCGACCCCGAUUCUCAGUGGUGGGAGGGGCGGCUGCUGCUCACUAAGAAGUCUGGCUAUUUCCUCAGCUCGUCGGUGAAGCCGUCUCCGGUGGAGAGCAGGCCUGUGAACCGGUCGAUGGAUUACAGUAAAUGCCCGUGGUUCGCUGGGAAUGUGGAACGGCCCCAAGCCGACAACCUCCUCAAAGCCCACGUCAGCGGCACGUACCUGAUCCGUGAGAGGCCGGCUGAGGCCGAACGCUUCGCCAUCAGCAUCAAAUUCAAUGACGAAGUCAAACAUAUAAAGGUCGUGGAGAAAGAUAACUGGAUACACAUCACAGAAGCCAAGAAGUUUGAAAGCCUCUUGGAGCUGGUGGAGUAUUACCAGACGCACUCGUUGAAGGAAAGUUUCAAACUACUGGACACCACGUUAAAAUACCCCUUCAAACAGCGAAGUGGCCCCAGCUCUCGUACGGCCCCGAGAUCCCCAGCCUCCUGCGCUUCCUACAACUUUUCUUUUCUCAGUCCUCAGGGCCUCAACUUCCCAUGUCCGAAUCCACCCACUCCAUUCUGGUCAGUCUUCACGCCGCGUCCGAUAGGAACCGCCGUCGCCAGGUACAAUUUCGCAGCUCGAGACAUGCGGGAGCUGUCGUUACGGGAAGGGGACGUUGUUAGAAUCUACAGCCGGAUAGGAGGAGACCAAGGAUGGUGGAAAGGAGAAACAAAUGGAAGAAUCGGUUGGUUUCCUUCAACCUACGUGGAAGAGGAAGGAGUCCAAUGAGUUCUCCGACGCCAGAUCCGGUCCUGCCUCCUUCCGGGCGACAUGUUUCUUUGCACAAAAGACUCUGGGACUUUUCCCCUUGUUCCUUGAAACGCUCCAGCAUUCCAACCCACGAAUCGGUGCAGAUCAACAAACUCUCUUCCCUUCUUCAAUCCCACUGCUGUCCUGGGUUUGACUGGUCUUCCUCGUUGGUAUUAAUUGUAUAUAAGAUUUAUAAUUCUGACGUAUGGCAAUCGAAAUUUAAGAGGAAAUUUAUGUGGAAUGUUGGCUUCACGUAUUUUAAAAAAAAAAAAGAAUUAAAUUCUUUCCAGCCCUGGC